AUGCGUUUCUCUGUCUAUCUAUCUAUCUAUCUAUCUGCCUGUCUGUCUAAUUCUUUAGAUAUCUGUCUAUCUGAUUCGUUUCCUAUCUAUGUCUCUAUCUUAUUCUAUUCAUAUCUAUCUAUCUAUCUCUACCUCUCUUCUCAUAUACUCUCUCUCUCUCUCUUUCUCUCCUUUACUCUCUUUCUCACUUUUUUAUCUACCCCUCUCUUUAUCUUUCUUUCUAUGAUCUCUCCUUUUCUUCCUCUGUUUCCCUCUAAUACGCUAUCACGCUACUUAUUUUCUUUCUCUCUUUUUAACUUUUUUCUUUCUCUGACACUCUCUAUAUCGCUUUUAUUCUCCUUUCCUCUUACUGUAAUCUUUCUUUUUAUCUUCGUCUGUUUCUCACUCUCUUACUCUCGUUCAUCUCUGUCCCUCAAAGUAUCUCUUACUCGUUAUUUCUUUCUUUCUCUCAACAUCCCUUGUUCUUCUCCUGUCUCUUAUCUCUCUCUCUCUCUCUCUCUCUCGGAUUCACUUUCUCUUCUCUCUCUCUCUCUCUCUCGGAUUCACUUUCCUCCACUCUCUCUCUCUCUCUCUUUCCCACGUUUUUUUCCUUUUCCCAUCUUUUCUUCUCUCUCUCUCUCUCUCUCUCUCCUCACACGUUUUCACGUUUUCUUCCUUUCCCUCUUAUACUCCGCUCUCUUAUCAGUUAGACUCAAUCUGUUUAUAUUUAUCCUAUAA